GGGAUCCGGGAGCUGCAGGGGUUGUGCAGGAGGUUCGGAGCACAGGAGCUGGGGUGCAGGCAGGACAGAGCUGGGGGUGCGGCAGAGCUGGGUGUGAGCAGGACAGAGGCAAGGCCGCUGGUCACAAAGGUCCCAACCGCUGUGCAUGGGGACGAGGGUGCAGGGAUGCACGUCCCGCUCUUGCGGCGGCAAGCGGAGCCGAACGUGUCCGGUCUGUCCCAGCGCUCCGGCUGCCUGCAGCCCUGCCUUGCGUCGUGGCAGGAAGCAGGAGGAGGGAUGCCAGGUCGGGGUGACCUCAGGGCCUUGGGCCACCCCAGGGUCCGCACAGGACCGGCAGAUAAAACAGGGGAGAGAGAGACCUUCCUGGGGUGGGGGUUCUGCGCAGGAGGCACCCAGUUCCGCUCUGGGGCAGCCCAGCCUCUGCGUUUGCACGUUUGGAGUAAAUCUGGUUGCUGGGGUGGGACUAAACCUGUGAAUGCUGGGAUGCUGGGGCUUGCCCUGUGUGCUUGGGCUGGGUGCAGAGGAGAUGCGGGGAUCCAGCAGUGGAUGGAGGCCACGCUGACCCCCAAAACCUGCCCGAGCUGUGGCCAAGUGGGUCAGCAUCACCUCUGUGAAUUAGGCUUACCUGGGGGUUUCCCAGCACAGGCAGCCGCCUUGGCCCCGACCUGCUGCCGUGGGCACCAUGAGGGGUCUCUGGGCCCUCGCACUUGCGGGGCUCGUCAGUGCCUGCGAGGGGAAGGAUCUGCUGUCGGCAGGAGGGGAGCCGUGCCCGCAGCUCUGGGACGAGGAUCUGGUUGGGGACAAGUAUGAGAACGUAACAGGUUUUAACCUGAUUAAAAGGUUCGACCUGCUGAAGAUCUCCUCCAUCAAGAAAGUCCAAAACCCACGGGGGCCGGUGGUGCUGAGGCUGGGCACUGUGCCCCUGGUGCAGCCCACACAGCAGGUGUUCCCCCACGGGCUGCCCCCUGCCUUCACCCUCAUCUUCACCUUGCUGCUGAAGAAGAACAGCACCGGGGAGCACUGGUACCUCUUCCAGGUCACGGACCAGCAGGGCUACCCCCAGCUCUCCCUGACCCUGCACGGUCCUGAGAAGAGCCUGGAGUUUCAGGCCAGGUCUCCGGGAGCCACGUUCGUCAGCGCUGUGUUCGCGGGGACAGCUGUGGCAUCCCUCUUCGACGGGCGGUGGCACAAGGUGGCGGUGGCCGUGCAGAGCCAUGCCGUCUCCGUCCACCUGGACUGCGCCUCCAUCUCCUCCAAGCCGCUGCCCCCGCGGCGGGCGCUGGCCCCCGAGGGCAAUGCCUUCCUGGGGCUGGACGCCACGCGCGGCACCCCAGUGCGGUUUGACAUCCAGCAAGCCCAGAUCUACUGCGACGCCGAGCUGGCCAGGCAGGAGGGAUGCUGUGAGAUCUCGGCCAGUGGGUGCCUCACAGAAGCGCCCAAGACCCGUCGGCAAGCGGAGCUGAUGCAGAGCAGCAACCUCAUUGAGAUCUCGCCGCAGCCCGAGGGCCGGGUCUACACCCGCUGCUUCUGCCUGGAGGAGCCGCUGGGCGCGGAGCCAGCGAGGACCUUGGGGAGGACCAGCCCAAAGGGAGAUCCUGAGGAGAAGUGCCCGCCCUGCUCACCGCAGACCUCGGCAAACGUGACACUCGGUCCCCUGGGUCCAAAGGGCGGGAAGGGCGAGCGUGGCCCCCCCGGCAUCACUGGCAGCAAAGGGGAGAAAGGCGAGCGUGGCGCUGACUGUGUGCGUGCCCACCCCGGUGGCCCCGUGCAGUGUGCCGAGGGCCCGCAGGGUGAGAAGGGGCAGCGUGGCGAGGCGGGGCUCCCCGGGGCGGCUGGUGCUGAUGGGCAGAAGGGCCAGAAAGGUGACAAGGGUGAUGGAGGACUGCAAGGCAAGCCGGGGCGCCCGGGGCGAGAUGGCCGGCCUGGAGAGAUCUGCGUGGUGGGACCCAAGGGACAGAAGGGUGACCCUGGCCUCGUGGGACCCGAGGGGCUGGCUGGUGAGCCAGGGCCUCCGGGGAAACCGGGCUCUCCAGGGAUCGGCUUUCCUGGCAAGCCAGGUGACCCUGGUGGCCCCCCGGGUCCGAAGGGAGAAAAGGGCAGCGCCGGAGCUCCUGGACCCGGCGGAUCGCCUGGGACACCCGGACCCCCCGGCAUCCUGGGGCCAAAAGGAGACAAGGGUGAGCCGUGCGAGGUGUGUCCCACCAUGGCCGAGGGGACGCUCAGUGUCACGGGGCCACCCGGCAAACCGGGACCCAGGGGAGCGCCCGGAGCACCCGGCAAGGAUGGGGUCUCGGACAGACCUGGCCCUGCGGGACCCAAAGGGGACAGGGGAGAUGCUGGCAUCCAAGGGAUGAAAGGGGAGAAGGGGGACUCCUGCCUGUCCUGCGAUGCCCGUGUCCUCUCUGCACUGCUGCGGGGUUCCACCGAGGCGCUCCAGGGUGAACCAGCACCAGGGCUACCAGGUGAAGCAGGGUUCCCCGGGCUGCCUGGCAUCAAGGGCCAGAAGGGGGAUGGUGGCCAGGAGGGACCCAUGGGCAGACCGGGGCUCCCAGGGAACAAGGGUGAUCCAGGCGUGCAGGGGCUCAAGGGGGAGAAGGGUGAUUCGUGCGGGCUGUGUCCUCCCGUGCCGCAGGCUCUCGAAGGGGCAGCGAGGGUGCUGGCGGUGCCCGGAGCACCAGGGGAGCGGGGCCAGAGUGGCCCCCCCGGCAGAGCGGGCAGACCCGGUGACACUGGCCAGAAGGGACAGAAGGGGGACGCUGGCAGCCCCGGGGACCCGGGCACCCCGGGCAUGGCCGGUGUCCCAGGGCUGGCCGGUGAGCCUGGCAUCAGGGGUCCAGCCGGCCCUAAGGGCGAGAAGGGAGACGCCUGUGAGCCCGGUCGCUCUCCGCACGGGGACUUGUCAGAUGUUAUUGGCACCCCAGGAAAACCGGGGGCCAAAGGGGACCAGGGCCCCCCAGGCAUCGGCCAGCCAGGCAGACCUGGGAAGCCGGGGCUGCCGGGGGUACCGGGCCCUGCCGGACCCAAGGGGCUGCAGGGUGAGCCAGGACCGCGGGGGAUUGGCCAGCCGGGACCACAGGGAGAACCCGGGAGCACAGGACCACCCGGAACACCUGGCCCCCCCGGACCCCAGGGACCCCCGGGGAUGGCGACAGAGAAAGGUGCAAAGGGAUCUCCGGGACCCAAAGGUGCCAUGGGACCCCCUGGGCCACCAGGAACCAGCGUCACGGGGCCACCAGGUCCCGAAGGGCAGCGGGGGCUCCCCGGGGUGCCCGGGUCCAGCGGGCAGCCGGGGGAGAAAGGCGCCCGUGGCGAGAAGGGAGACCCUGGGGAGUGCAUCUGCUCCCCCAGCCCUCGCCAGGACCCCAGUUAUACCGGGAUGCCGGGAGCCCCAGGACUGUGGAGCGGGAUGUCCUGGCACCCGCAGCCGGGUCCGCAGGGUCCCCCCGGAGACCCCGGUCCCCCUGGCCCUCCAGGAGCCCCCGGCCGCCAGGGGAUGCCAGGACACAACGGUUUACCGGGACUGCCCGGAACGGUGGGAGACCUGGGGCCACUGGCCGUCAUGGCCGAGAGGAACAUCGAGGUGCUGAAGACCCUCUGCGGGGACUGUCCCCAGCUGCAGGCAGCCUUCGCAGCACCCAGCGGCGUCAAGGGAGAGGAGGGGGACGGGGCCAUGCCAGGUGUCCCUGGCAGCGAGAACUGUGCCCGUUGCUUUGCGCAGUUCCCGAGAGCGGAGGAGGCUCGGGGUGACAGUCCUGACCCAGACUGUGUGGGUGACCCUGGGCUGCCGGGCACCCCGGGCAUCCCUGGCGAAAGAGGCGAGCAGGGCCCACCGGGACUGCGGGGACCCCCAGGGCCACCUGGGCCCAUCGGCCCCCCAGGCUUUCCUGGAACGCCUGGCGCACCCGGAUUGCCCGGUCUACAGGGUGAUCGUGGCCCUGCCGGGCUUGCCGGAGCCAAAGGGGAGCCGGGACCUCCAGGACAGCCCGGCUACCCCGGCGCGACGGGUCCCCCCGGCCUUCCCGGCAUCAAGGGCGAGCGAGGCUACGUGGGCCCCCCCGGGGAGAAGGGGGAACUGGGACCCCCCGGCUUGGACGGUCUCCCCGGUCCCGUGGGGCCAGCGGGACCGAGGGGUGAGCGUGGGCUCCCGGGCAGCGCUGGUGAGAAGGGGGACCAGGGUUUCCAAGGCCAGCCUGGCUUCCCGGGGCCACCGGGGCCCCCUGGCUUCCCAGGGAAGGUUGGUCCAGCUGGGCCACCAGGACCCAUGGCUGAGAAGGGCAGCGAGGGCAUGCGCGGGCCCACGGGGAUGCCGGGGCCCCCUGGACCCCCCGGACCUCCUGGCAUCCAAGGCCCCGCUGGCUUGGAAGGACUGGAUGGCAAGGAUGGCAAGCCAGGGCUGCGGGGUGACCCUGGUCCCCCCGGGCCACCAGGGAUGAUGGGUCCUCCGGGCUUCAAGGGGAAGACAGGGCACCCGGGUCUCCCGGGACCGAAGGGUGACUGUGGCAAACCCGGCCCCCCAGGGAUCACGGGCCGGCCGGGAGCGGAGGGUGACCCUGGACCCAUGGGACCCCAAGGCCGGCAGGGACCCCCAGGACUCAUCGGCCCACCCGGUAGCCCGGGGCAGCCAGGACCUGCUGGCCUCGCUGGAGUGGGGCUGAAGGGCGAGCGGGGCUCAGCAGGGGAGCGAGGGCUGCCGGGGAUGCCAGGACAGCCGGGACCCCCAGGCCACCCGGGACCACCGGGGGAGCAGGGACAAGAUGGACCCGUUGGUAAAGAGGGUCCCCCAGGAAAACCGGGUACCGCAGGACCCGCUGGCCAGAAGGGUGAAGCUGGAUCGCCCGGAGAGAGGGGCUACCCUGGGGAGAAGGGCAGAGCCGGCAUGCCGGGUGGGCCGGGGAAAAGUGGCUCCAUGGGCCUUGUGGGGCCACGGGGGCCCAUGGGAGAGAGGGGCCCCCCUGGCUCACCGGGACCUGCAGGCAGCCCCGGGCUGCCAGGACCCCCAGGGAUGAUGGGAGACGUGGUGAAUUACGAUGAGAUCAAGAGGUUCAUCCGGCAGGAGCUGAGCAAGAUGUUUGAUGAGCGGAUGGCCUAUUACACCUCCCGGAUGCACUUCCCGGUGGAGAUGGUGGCAUCCCCAGGCAGACCUGGUCCCCCGGGGAAGGACGGGCUGCCUGGCCGGCCAGGACCCCCUGGCUCCCCGGGGAUGCCGGGACAGAUCGGCAGAGAGGGGCGGCAGGGAGUGCCGGGCAUGCGGGGAGAGCCAGGUGCCAAAGGAGAGAAAGGGGAGAAAGGCGUGGGGAUGAUGGGGGACAGCGGCCCCCCAGGACCCCCAGGUCCCCAAGGACCACCGGGCUAUGGCAAGAUGGGCCCCCCAGGCCCCGUGGGACAACAGGGCAUCCCUGGUGUUCCCGGCCCCCCUGGUGCCACGGGGCAGCCGGGCAAGACUGGGCACUGCAGCCCGGCAGACUGCAUGGGCGCCAUGCCCCUGGAGCAGCCCCUCUUCCAGCCCAAAAACGUCAAGGGCCCCUUCGGCUGAAGGGUCCCCCGCACCCCCCGCCUUUGCUGUUAAUAUUGUUCCCCCGCUGUGCCGGGGUCGUGCGUGUCCCGCGGGGGGUGGGUGUUGUACAGCUCCGUCGCGAUCGGGAGGGCGGGUGGAUCCUGCCCGGACAAAUACACCCGUGCUGGUGCC